AUGGCCAAGUUUGUCCUGAAUCAGAACCUGUCCGACCUGGGCUGCCCUCGCCUGUGCCCGGGCCCAGCCGGGGGCGCCCGCAGCCCGAGCUCGCCCUACUCGGUGGAGACACCUUAUGGCUUCCACCUGGACCUGGACUUCCUCAAGUAUGUGGAGGAGCUGGAACGCGGGCCUGCCGUCUACCGCGCCCCAGGACCCCCGCUCGCGCGCCGCCCCCGCGCGGCUCGGCCCAGCCUGGGGGGCGCGCGUAGCCCGGGCACCUGGACAUCCAGCGAGUCCCUAGCCAGUGACGACGGCGGUGCGCCGGGCGCGCCCCCGGGGCAAUUGCUGCCGCCGCUGUCGCCACGGGCGCCCGCUCGAAACCCGCGCGUCGAGCACACGCUCUUGGAGACCAGCCGGUUGCUGGAGCUUGCACAGGCGCGUGAAAGCGCCCCCAGCCCCGGCCGCGAGGCGGCCCCACGCAGCCCGCGUGGGUCUGGUCGUAGCAGCCCCGCCCCCAGCCCCGCUCCCGCCCCCGCCUCCCCGGGCCCCGCCCAACUGCAGCUGGUGCGCGAGCAGAUGGCAGUGGCGCUGCGGCGCCUGCGCGAGCUCGAGGAGCAGGCGCGCGCGCUUCCAGAGCUCCAAGAGCAGGUGCGUGCGCUGCGCGCCGAGAAGGCGAGGCUGCUGGCCGGGCGCGCGCUGUCCGAUCCCGAUGGGGAGGCCGAGGCGCGUCCGGCCAAGCUGGCCCAGCUACGGCGGCUCACCGAGCGUCUGGCCGCCUCCGAGCGCGGUGUCCGUGCCAGGGCCGGUCCCCGGGCCGACGGCCCCGACGGUUCGGCCGAGGCCGUGCCACAGACCCAGGAGGCCAGCGUAGAGGCAGCUCCCGAAACCCGAGAAAGCAGCGUGGAGGCGGCGCCAGAGACCCUGGAGGCCAGCGUGGAGGUGGUGCCAGAAACCCAGGAGGCCAGCGUGGAGGCGGCCCCCGAGACCGUCGAGGCGGACGCAUGGGUGACAGAGGCGCUGCUCGGGCUACCCGAGGCCGCCGAACGCGAGUUGGAGCUGCUGCGCGCCGGCCUGGAGCAUCAGCGCGGGGUGAGCGAGCUGCUGCGGGGUCGCCUGCGCGAGCUGGAGGAAGCCCGCGACACCGAGGAGGAGGAAGAGGUGGUGGCCAGGGCACAGCAGUGUGAGGCCGCCACCCAGACCCCGUGGGACUGCGCUGAGAAGGCCACGCAAACUGACUCCUUCCCGGACGUCCCCUCCCUGACGCCAGAGAGCCCGUCAGGGCCCGCGGAGGGGUCCCCGGCCGUGACGCCCAAGGGCGUCCUCAAAUCCAUCAUGAAGAAAAGAGACUGCGAACCUGGCUCCCAGCCCAGCCCCGGCCCCAAGAGUCUGCAGUUUGUUGGGGUCCUCAACGGAGAGUACGAGAGUUCCUCCAGUGAGGACGACAGCGACGGCGACAGCGAGGAUGGCGCCGCCAAGCCCCCGCGGAGCAGCUCCUCGGGCUCGGGGGAUGACAGCGGCGGGGGAUCGGAUUCGGGCCUGCCAGGCUCUCCCAGUGCCGGGGAUGCCCGGGACUCCGUGGCAGAGGCGAAGGCGGAGCCCCAGCCCGGGGAGGAGGGAAGGUGCGACCUGAGCCCGCGCUUGAGGGAGGCUCUGGAGGCGCUGCACCGGCAGCUGAGCCGACCCCGCGGUUUGACCCGCGAUGGCGGCGUGGCGCGCCUGGUGGCCCAGGAGUGGUUUCGAGUUUCCAGCCAGCGGCGCUCUCAGGCGGCACCCGUGGCCGCUGUGCUGGGCGCGGUGGCGCGCCUGGGACCCGAGCUGCUGGCACACGUGGUGAACUUGGCAGAUGGCAACGGGAACACGGCCCUGCACUACAGCGUGUCCCAUGGGAACUUGGCCAUUGCCAGCCUGCUGCUGGAUACGGGGGUCUGUGAGGUGGAUCGCCAGAAUCGAGCUGGCUACUCGGCCCCUAUGCUGGCUGCACUCACCAACGUGGGCCGGGAGGAGGGCAUGGCUGUGGUCGAGCGGCUCUUCCACAUGGGUGAUGUCAAUGCCAAGGCCAGCCAGACAGGGCAGACGGCUCUCAUGCUGGCCAUCAGCCAUGGCCGCCAGGAUAUGGUGGCGGCCCUGCUGGCGUGUGGGGCUGAUGUGAACAUACAAGAUGCAGAUGGGGCCACGGCACUGAUGUGCGCCAGCGAGUACGGGCGCCUGGACACUGUCCGGUUGCUGCUGGCCCAGCCGGGCUGCGACCCUGCCAUCCUAGAUCACGAGGGCACCAGUGCCCUGGCCAUCGCCCUGGAAGCCGAGCAAGAGGAGGUGGCUGCCCUGCUGCACGCCCACCUGAGCUCAGGCCAGCCUGGGCCCUCGCCACAGCUGAAGAAGGACGCAGGGACAGUGGAGAGGACUCCCAGGCUCAGUGAUGGGCCCAGUGCACUGGACCUGGCCUUGGGGGUCUCCCUUUAG